AUGUACGACGCGAAGAGCCUUUCGGCCCUCCUGGUCCUCCUGUUGGCUGCCGGACCUGCCUCAGUUGUUUCCGUGCCUGUUGCUGCGGACCAGAACAUUGUCGCGAGACAGAUCAACAGCGAGUCUGAGGCUGGAUCUAACUGGGAUUUUUCCAUCCCCGGCGGACCCUCAUACAAAAGCGACUCAUACGCAUCUUCCGACUACCAUGAAGGUCCCAGCCAAAAUGGCGGCUCCAGCCUUUCAUCUGGAUCUGAUGCAAGCGAUGGUACAACCAUUUCUAUCCCCGGUGGCCCCAGCUUUAAAUCGGGAAGUUUUGCGCACGAUAGCUAUGAACAAACUGAGCCUGAGCCUGAGCCUAAGCCUGAACCCGAGCCUGAGCCUGAGCCUACUCCUACUCCUACUCCGCAGGAGCCCCAG